AUGAAUGAAAACACAUUAAAACAUAUUUGGAGGUACAAGCCAUGUCUAUUUAUAAAAAAAAAUAUUCUGAACAAAUCAGUUUUGUGCUUAAAGAUAUCUUAUACUAUUUCACUAAUUAAUUUGAAAAAUGCCCCAUUUAGGUUGAACAAUUUUAUCACUGUGUGCAAUUGGCUAAAUGUGAAAAACAAAAUUGACACAAAAAAUAAAUUAAAGAGUUUACAAGAAAAUUAUAAACCAAGCAAUGUUGGCAAUGUUGGAAAGGCUGGAAAGGCUGGAAAAGCUGGAAAAGUUGGCAAUGUUGGCAAAAUUAGCAGUGCCCACUAUUUAAAUACAAACUUAUUUGCACAAUGCCUUAACAAAAGUAGCCCCAUUUUAAAUUCACCCAAUCUUAACCACAUUAUUAACCAGCAUAUAAUUUGUUCCUAUUCAACAAAGAAUGGAAAUAGUGAAGCGGUAGAAAAUGGCAAUGGCGAAAAAAAUAAAAGUGUAGAUGGCGAAAAAAAUAAAGGUGUAGAUGGUGAAAAAAAUAAAGAUGUAGAUGGUGAAAAAAAUAAAGGUGUAGAUGGUGAAGACAAUGAUGUGAUAAAAGGAAAUAAUCCAAGUAUUGAAGAAAAUGGAAAAAAAAAUAAUGAUAUAAAAAAAAUACUAAAUAUUAUAUUUUGUUCAUCUAUUCCAAUGAUAGGGUUUGGAUUUAUGGAUCAAUUUAUAAUGAUAAGAUUAGGUGAUAUGUUUGAUGCAUCUAUUGGAGUAACAUUAGGAAUAUCUACUUUAUGUGCUGCUUCGUUUGGGCAACUUUGUAGUGAUACUUUUGGGGUUUUUUUUGGAUGCGCUAUUAAUUAUUUACUCCAAAGGUAUAAAAUUAUACAAAUAGAAAAAUUUGAUAUUAAAAAUAAAAUAUAUCAAUAUUGCACAUUAAUCGGAUCUGUAUUGGGAAUAUUACUUGGUUGUGCUCUUGGAAUGCUUCAACUUAUUUUUAUUGAUACGACAAAAAGUGAUAGAUUGAAAAAAAAAAAAGAAUUAGAUUUUAUAUUUCAAAUGGUUAUGUAUGAUUGUUCUGAUAUAUUAAAUUGUGAAGCUUCAACUUUAUUUUUAUAUGAUAAAGUGAAAAACGAAUUAUGGAGUAAAGCCAUACAUGGUCGAAAAAAUAUCAUAAAAAUUUCUGCUAAUAGUAAUGAAAAAAGUUUUUGUUUGUGGGUUUUAAGAAACAAAGAAAUUAUAAAUUGUAAAGAUGUAUUAAGUAGUGAAUUAUAUAAUCCAAAUCAUGAUAAAAAAUUUAAUUUUAAAACAAAAACUAUAUUAGCUGCACCGAUAUUAGAUAGAAAUAAUCAAGUUGUCGGUGUUCUUAUGUUUCUAAAUAAAUUUAGAUCACAUGGUGGUUAUUUUACAUGUAAUGAUGAAAAGCUAGCUGAAUUAAUGAGUAAACAUAUUUCAAUUUUUAUGGAAAAAUUUAAUUAUAUAAGUGAAGGUGAUAAAAAAAUGAUUAUCUUUGAUAAACAAAAAAAUAAUUCACAAGAAGAAGAAGAAGAUGAAGAUGAUGAAGAUAUUUCUAAAGAUGAUGAUAAUAAUUUAAAAAAUAAAUCAAAUAAAAUUGAAGAAUUGAAAAUAACAAAUUUUAUAGAUAAAAAAAAAGAAGAACGAAGAAAAAAAAGAGAACAAAAUAAAAAAUACAAAACUUUACAAAUAUAUGAUGAUGGAAAAAUAUUUGACGAAGGAAAUGAUAAUGAGAUCAAACAAAAAAUAUUUGGAGAUUAUGAUGAAAAGGAAGAGGAGGAAGAUGUCUAUGACAUUGAGGAGGAGGAGGAUGAAGAAGAUGAAGAAGAGGAGGAAGAGGGCGAAAAAUUGGGUGAAGACGAAAAAUUGGGCAAAGAAGAGGGCGAAGAAUCAGAUGGUAAUACAUCGAAGGAAGCUGAAAAUGAGGCAAAAAAUGAGGCAAAAAAUGAGGCAAAAAAUGAGGCAAAAAAUGAGGCAAAAAAUGCAAGUGUACAUUACAAAGAAAAAAACAAUUUGUUAAAUUUAUUUAAAAGAGCUAAUAAUAAAUAUCAGCCAAAUGAAAAGAAUGAAAAGAAUGAAAAGAAUGAAAAAAAUGAUAAUAAUAAAAUUGACUUAGAAAAGGCAAAUAAUUUGAAUGCCCAUCAAAAUAUAGAUACUACUACUAUUAGUGGUUAUGGAAAAGAAGAUAAAAAUAAUAUUUACACACUUAAUAAAAACCAACAAAUAAAUAAUUUAUAUAACAAAAUUAAUAAAUUACAAACUAUUAAUGAAAAUAAUCAAAAUUUUAAAUUCAAUUUAUUAAUGCAAACUAUUUCUAAAAAUUUAAAUAAUAAUAGAAAUGAAAAAAACGCACCGAAAUUUUGUAAUGAUAGAAGUGAAAAAAAUGUAUCUAUUUAUAUUGAUAAUGAACAUGGCAACCAAAACGAGGAGCGAAAAUUUAAAAACUAUUAUGGCAUAAGCAGUGAUGAAUAUAUUGAUCCACAUAUAAUAGAUAAUGUUAAAAUAUUAGAUACCUUUUUUAAUAAUAUAGAAAAAAAAACAAAAAAAAUAAUUUUAUGUACAAAGUUAUAUGAAAAUAAUAUAAAUUUGCGGGAAAAAUGGCAAAAUUGUGGACAAACUUAUCCUAAUAAUUUAUGGGAAAUAAAAAAUAAUAUUAAAGAGGAACAAACAUUGCCAAUUGAUAUGUCAGAUGAAAAUUAUCAUAACAAUUAUUAUACCCCUGAAUUUAAUUAUUAUUUUGAAAAUAAUUAUGAUACAGAAUAUGACUUAUUUUAUCAAAAUCGUUUUAAUGAUGAAUAUAGUCAUGCCCCGAAUCGCGAAUAUAUUGAAAAUAAGUGUGAAAAUAAGUGCGAAAAUAAGUGCGAAAAUAAAUAUAUACAUGAAUUUUUUAAACCUGGUGAAAUAAAUAAUAGCAAAAUAAACGAAGGAGAAGAAAAUAGUAAUAUAAAGACAUGGAAUGAUCUUUUAAACGAAAAAACAAAUAAUAGUCGUUUUUUUUGUAUUUGCCAAAAAAUAAAUGAUAUGACAAAUUUGUAUAAAAAUAAUUAUAAAAAUAUUGAAAAUAUAACAUUUAUAAAAAAAAAAUAUAUGGUAUAUGAUGUUGUUAAAACUUAUAGUUAUAACAUAUUUAAUGAAAAAUAUUUUGCUUAUAUUAAUUUGGGAAAAAUAUUUAAUAAUAUGUCUCAAAAAAAAAAUGAUAUGAAAUGUUUUAAAAUGUUAAAAAUUAUAUACAGAUAUAAUUUAAAUAAGAUUUUUAGUAAUCAUUAUAAAUAUAUAAUAAUAAAAAAAAAAAAAAAAUUAAGAAAAUUUUGUUAUUCUAUAAAAUGCUUUGAUAUACACAAAAUGGACCAAUUCUGGUUUAUUAUAUAUUGCCAAAAUAAAUUAAAAAAUAUUUUUUAUAAAAAUUUACAUUUCGCAAUUAAUUUACAAAAUGCAAGAAUAAUUGAUUUCAAAUUUAUACACACAUAUAUAUUAAAUACAAUAUAUGAAAAUACAACUUCGAUUUUUGUAUCACCAAGUACUUGCUACAAUGUUAAAAAAAUUGAUUUUUUUUCAGUUAACAAUUUAUAUCGUUUAAAAAAUAAAACUACAAUGAAUGAUAUAAUUUAUAAAUAUUAUAUAUUUUAUAAUUUACGAAAAAAAUUAAAAAAAAAAAAAAUUAAUUACUACAAUUAUCAAGAUUUAUAUAUGGAAGAAAAUUUCUUUGGUCAUAAUACACACACAAAAAAAGUACCAAAAUUGGUUGAUGAUGAUUUAGGAAAAAAAAGUGCAAUCAUAACAGUAGAACGAUGA